GCACAUGCCACAAGAGUAACCAUAAUGUCGUUUAAACGGGACGGUGAUGAUUUUGCCCUACUUCGUAAUCUGAAGCGUAGGCGUGUGAGUGACUUGCUUGUUGGUCACAUUCCUGAAGAUGAGGCUUUACUUCUCAAGAACGGCAGAUACACUUGUACUGUGUGCUCUUACCGCCCCAUUUUUGACACCAUUGAAACUUUGUCCUUACACAGAAAAGGAAAGAGGCACUUAAACAACUUAACUAGGCAUCUUGCUCAACAGCAUGAGCUUCUUUUGCUCAAACAGAAAAAAGAACACAAAGCAUUUAUAGAAACAGGUUCAACAAAACUUUCUGGAGAGAAGUACUGUUUUCUCCACAUGGAAAAGGAGUAGAGAAUUCUUUGAGGAAGAAGAUAUUGGUUAAGGAAAAACCAUCCCACCAUAAGUUAUUAAAGACAAAACCUUACAACAGUUGUCAACGGAAGCUCA